AUGAGCCAGGUGGAGAUCCUCCGUCUCGAGGCGAGCGUCAACCGCCAUGAGCUCUCCUCCAAGGUGGCUCAGCGCAACCAUCGCCUCCUGCAAGAUCUCAUGGCGUACGACACCGCGUCCGCGCGCAAGCUCCAGGGCACAGCCAAGGAGCUCGAGGCCGGCGCCUUCUUCGCCGCCUUGCGGGCCUUGGCAAAGGUGCUAGGUGACGCGGCCUCACCACCUGAAGACGAGGCUGGUGCUGGGGACGCCCAGCCGUCGGCGAUGACCAACAGAGGAGUCCUUGGCGCACUGGCUACGCCCCAGGCUGGGGCGCGAAGAAGUGAUGCUAGGAAAGAUGGAUCAAGGCCCCAGGUCGACGCGUCCGCCUCCGGAGCAGGCCCCGGGCCCCGCGCGGUUGUCUGGCAAGCAGAUCUCAAGAUCAAUGGCGAGCCGGUGGCCGGUGAGGGCCGCCCCUCAGGAGAUUUCGCCGUUCCAGCCGAGGGGACCCUGAAGAUCCUUGGUCAAAAAAGGAUGCAGCACUCAGGAAAUCAUGCAGAUGAGCUCAGAUCCCAUCGCACCCCUCCUCCCUCGCCCCCUCUCUCGCCGCCGCACCCAAACCCUAACUCCAGUCCUCUCCCCUCUCUCCCCCGAUUCAGAUGCACUCCUCGCAGCCGCCACCUACCUCCCGCCCCCGAUUCAGCCGAUCUCGCCGCCAGCGCCCGCGCGGCACCACCCACUCCUCCUCGCCUUCCAGAUCGUGCCGCCACCUCCCUCCCCAUCCCCUCCUGGAUCUCUCCCUCGGUGAGCCACCGGCGAGCCCCUCUGCUGCCCGCGCAUGCACAGCCUCGCCUCCUGCUGCUCUCCAUCGACCCCCUCCGCGUGCUCGCCGUCAUCGCCUCCCUCCGCCGCAUCGACCCCAAGGUGCUGGCGCAGGCGACCAGGAAGCUAUUCCAGGGUGAGCCGAUGAAGAGGUGGAAGGGAAUUUGGAUCGAGAUCAACAACUGCGAGGAGGGGGAGGGGAGCGAGAGGGGUAGCGUGGUGGCCAGCAAGGGGAGCACCAUCACGGGAGCCGCGUCCUCCCGGUCCACGGCCACGUCGGGGAGAUGCCGCCGACCUCCGCUGGCGAGCGGCGGCUGUGAGAGCCUGGUGCGGAGGGCGGACUCGAUCAUGAAGUCGCUCUCGUGGUCCAAGGCGGUGCCGGUCACGGAGACGGCCAUCCGCGCCGCCGUUGGCGACAACGCUGUAACUAGCAAGGCUGUGCGCUGGUGAGUAGGACACUUCCGC